CGCCGAUCAUCCUCUUUUCGUUCGCCGUCACUGAACGAAACGAUCGCCGAUCAACCAGACUUCGAGUCGCAGGUUUUAGAACUCAAUUACAAUGGAGCAGAAACCACCAGUGCGGAAGAUGAAGUUCGCGCCAAAAGCUCCUCCGAAGCGUGCGCCAAAACCGGAAGUUAAACCUGAAGUGGUUGAGGAUGAUAAUAACAGUGCACAAGCAGCGGAGUUGCUACGUAGAGUCACUGAAAGAUCAUUACGUAGGCCAAAAGGGGAGAAGAAAGUUGCUGCUUCUCAAGUUGCUUGGAUGGGUGGUGUGGUGAAUUCAACUAGGUCAAAUAGGUUCUCCAGUGGAUAUGCUGGAGGUUAUGGUUCAAAUGCUCCGCAGGAGAUAUCAUAUCAAGAACCAUGGGAUUAUUACAGUUAUUACCCGAUCACACUUCCGUUGAGGAGACCCAACGCAGGAGAUCCAGAGGUACUUGACGUGGACGAAUUUAUGAAGGAUGUGGGAAAUCAUGAAGAGGCACUCAACACAGCUGCUGAUCUCGCUCUAACUGAAGAUAGUGAAGAACCGAAAAUGCUUUUUAUGAGGUUACCGGCUGUUCCUUUGGCAAAUCAAUCAGCACCAACAGAACCCCGUGGAAGCAAGCCGAAUAUCAGAGGUGCUGCUGAGAAGGCUUGUGAUUUAAAUGCUGCCUCGGCAAAUGGUUUCAUGGGAAAACUUCUAGUCUAUAAAAGUGGUGCUGUCAAGAUGAAACUCGGUGAAGUGCUUUAUGAUGUUAGCCCAGGGUUGAAGAGCGAGUUUGCACAAGAUGUUAUGGCGGUUAACACAGAUGAGAAGAACUGUUGUCUAGUUGGAGAUGUGUACAAGCAUGCAGUUUUGACUCCUGAUAUUGAUUCUAUCUUGAAAGAUAUCAACAACAUGUGAUAUUCUUUAAAAAAAUAUAUUAUAUCAAUUUUGUUUCGUUCUUUCUUAUUGGAAAGAACUCAGAAGUUUUGACAUUGAUAUGAAGAAAAUAAAAAUAACUUUCUUU